AUGGUCAAAUAUCGUUUACCUAAUUCAUCUAUUUUAUUAUCAAUUCGAGAAUAUUGUCAAACACGAAAUUUAUUUUUAUUAUGUAUGAGUAUUAUUUACGCAUUUGCUUUUGCCUCGUUAUAUUGGCAAGAAGCUGGUUUAUAUGGUGAAAAUGGUAUUAUGCCCAUUCGUCGUCAAUUAAAACAAAACAAUAUUCAAACACCGAUGUUAUUAUCAUUUUUCUCUAAUUUAAAUUUAUCAUCAUUUCAUAGAAUAGAAUUCAUUACAUUAUUUGGUUUAGUAUUGAGUAUAUUCAUGAUUAUAUUUAAAUGUUUAAGAACAACAUUUUUCUUUUUUAUAUUAUGGUUAAUUUAUUAUUCAUGUUUUCAAGUUGGUGGUCUAUUUUUAUGGUUUCAAUGGGAUACAUUACUUUUAGAAGCUGGAUUUUUAACAUGUAUAGUUGCACCAUUAAGAAUUAUUUAUUUAUCAAAACGAAAACAAUUAAUUGAAAAUAACGAUAAUGAUUUUUAUCAUGAUCGAAUUGUUUUAUGGCUUAUACGUUGGCUAGCAUUUCGUUUACUAUUUGCAUCUGGUAUAGUAAAAUUGAGUGGAUAUGAUAGAACAUGGUGGAAUUUAACAGCAAUGUUUUAUCAUUAUCAAUCACAAUGUUUACCAACACCUCUUUCAUAUUAUGCACAUCAUAUAUCACAAUGGUUACAUUCAUUAUCAACAGCAUUUGUUUACAUGAUUAUGAGUGGUACAGCUAUUUUAUUUUUUUCACCAUUAAGACAACAUCGAUUAUGGGCAUUUUAUUUUCAAACUUUUCUUCAAAUAUUAAUAUUAUUAACAGGAAAUUAUAAUUUUUUUAAUUUAUUAACCAUAUUUUUAUGUUUAUCAUUAGUCGAUGAUAAAUGGUUAAAUUCAUGGAAUUUUAAAUCAACUGUAAAAAAUCAAAAUCAAAAAAAAUCAUCAUUAAAAAAUAUUGAAAUUAUUGUCAAAUGGAUUAUUAAUUUAGUAUUAAUAUUUGUCUAUGUUUAUUUAACAAUUAAAUGGUUUGGUAUAAAAUGGAAUAGUAAUAAAAAUUUAAUUGAAACAAAAAUUAUGUUUACUCCUAAACAAUUUGAUCUAUUUUUAAAACGAUUUGUACCUGUAUGUAUAUUUAUUGGAUGGUGUUCACUUAUUUUUACAAUAACAAAAGCAUUAACACAAUCGAUUAAACGACCAAAAAAAUUUUAUAAAAAAUUAUUUCAUUUAAUAAUAACUGCAUUUUAUUCAAUUAUUGCCAUUUGUCUAUUUUUUAUCUCAUUAAUACCAUUCAGUGUUAUAGAAAAAAAUACAUUACAAGCGUUACCUGGUGAAUUACAAACUUGGUAUAAUAAAUAUGAACAAUAUCAUAUUUUUAAUGCUUAUGGUUUAUUUCGAUCGAUGACUGGUGUUGAUGGACGACCAGAAUUAAUUAUCGAAGGAGCAUUUGAAUCAACAAAUUCAAAAGGUUUACAAUGGAAAGAAUAUGAAUUUCAAGCAAAACCGGGUAUACUUUCACAUUCACCAACAUUUGUAGCGCCACAUCAACCACGUUUAGAUUGGCAAAUGUGGUUUGCUGCAUUAUCCAAUUAUCAACAUGAAGCAUGGCUUGCCAAUUUUCUUUAUCGUCUAUUAACAAAUCAAAAUGAAGUAUUAAAAUUAAUUAAAUAUUCACCAUUUGCUAAUAAACCUCCAAAAUAUCUUCGAGUAAUGUUAUAUCGUUAUAAUUUUACAGAAUUAGGCUCAUCAAAUUGGUGGAAACGUGAAUUAUUAACACGAGAAUGGUUUCCCACAAUUUCUUUAGAUACACAAUGGUUUAUUGAUUAUAUUAAACAUCAAGAUAUAUUACAAAUAAAAUCAAAAACAAUUGAAUCAUCCGUAUUAGUUACUUAUUUACAAGCAAUACGUUCGUUUAGUGAUAAAAUUAAUCCUAUUUUAUUUACAUGGUUUCCUGUUUGUUUUGCAUUUAUUAUACUUAUUUUAAAAAAAUGUUUAUAUUCAACAUCGAAUUAUUAUGUGAAGAGCCGACAAUCCUAUCAAACCGUUAGUACAUUAGAUGAUAAGGAUGAGAGUAAUCAUCGAUCCAAUAAUGUUGAUGAUCAUACUGGAAAAAUUCUGGGUAAACAACAUCGAGGUAAAACCGAUCAACAAAGAAAAAAUAAUUAA